CAAUUGUUCCCAUUAGGGUAUCGAAUAAUCGGUAUCCUAACGCAGGGUUACCUCCGGUCAGUCCCAGCUCUGCAGACUCGCCGUGGGGCUCAGACACAGCAAGAGCUGCAGAGCAUCAUUGCCGGUGCUUCUAGUACCAAGGUCUCAGAAUGGAUCUUUACAGACCCGCGGCCACCGCGGUCCGAAAAAUCACCUCCUCCUUCCGGCUGGCUCGCGCAGUUCGACAAUCCUCCACAAGCAGCUCCCCCUCGAGCUCAAUAGAGCGUCAUAAUAAAACCGUCCAGGAAAUAUCUGCCCAGGUGCGUGGUUUCUACGAACGAAAGGAGAAGUUCCGCAUAUUCCACGGCUCGACCAACAGCACGAGGCAAUCAACACUCAAGAAGCACUUGGUCGAUACAAGCAGCCUUUCACAUGUCCUGAGCGUCGAUAAAGAGAGGAAAACAUGUCUGGUGGAACCGAACGUUCCUAUGGACCGGCUGGUGGAGAAGACGCUGGAGCAUAAUCUUGUACCCCCUGUGGUAAUGGAGUUUCCGGGCAUCACAGUGGGAGGGGGAUAUUCUGGCACCUCUGGGGAGAGCAGCUCUUUUAAACACGGCUUUUUCGACAGGACGAUCAAUUAUGUGGAGAUGGUGAUGGCAGAUGGCGAGGUUGUCAAGACUUCCCCUACAGAGAAGCCGGAUCUCUUCAAUGGUGCAGCUGGUGCGGUGGGAACGUUCGGCGUCACAACUCUGGUUGAGCUCCAACUCCGCGAAGCCAAGAAAUACGUCGAGACCACAUAUCAUCCCGUGUCAGGCAUGGCGGAGGCUAUUCAGAAGCUUCAAGAGUUUACCGCGGAUCAGGACUUGGAUUAUGUCGAUGGGAUCAUGUUCUCGAAGACAAAGGGAGCCGUAAUUACCGGGCGUAUGACCAAUGAUUUAAAGGAUGGCAUUCGAGUCCAACGCUUCAGCGACGCAAGUGAUCCUUGGUACUAUCUGCACGUUCAGGAUGCGAUUUCUAAAGGGGUUGGAGCAGUUACAGAAGCUAUCCCAUUACCUGAGUACCUGUUCCGGUAUGACCGUGGCGGCUUCUGGGUAGGAGCUUCAGCAUUCGACUACUUCCACUUCCCCUUCAACCGCUUCACCCGAUGGUGGUUAGACGACUUCCUCCACACACGGAUGAUGUACACCGCUUUACACGCCAGCGGGCAAUCCUCGAAGUACGUGGUCCAAGAUCUGGCACUGCCAUACUCCACGGCUGAGCAAUUCGUCGACUACACAGACAAAGCCUUUGGCAUCUAUCCGCUCUGGCUCUGCCCACUGAAGCAAAACCCACUACCCACGAUGCACCCACACUCGAACGAGUACGAAGCCGACGGCAAAACGCUCAAGCAAAUGCUGAACAUCGGACUCUGGGGCUGGGGUCCGCAGAAGCACGACGACUUCCUGGCCGCCAACCGGGAUCUCGAGCGCAAGCUGCGGGAGCUGGGCGGCAUGAAAUGGCUCUACGCGCACACGUACUACGACGAGCCGGAAUUCUGGGCCAUGUAUGACGAGCCGUGGUAUCGCGGCUUGCGCGAGAAGUACAAUGCGACGUCGCUGCCGAGCGUCUACGAGAAGGUGAAGGUCGAUGUCGAGGCCGAGAAGGCGGCGCAGAAGAAACAACCGCGCCUCCGUUCCAUGUGGCCCUUUAGCGGCUUCUACGGGAUCAAGGCGGCUAUUGAGAGCAAGACUUAUGUCGAGGCUAGAAAGGCAAAGUGGCGCUCUUUCGGGAGGUAAAUUUCUCAAGUAUCGAUAUUGGACUUUGAUCAAGCAAUUUGUGGUGUAUCCGGAUUAUCUACCCACUUCGGCAGUACCUUGGAAAUUACACAGGUAAUGGUUGGCAGAAAAUCGCAUCUGGAGAAAAUAGGUUAGGAAUGGAGCCCGGAGAAUAGAUAGCCAACGCCUCAUACCUACUUGAAGAUUUUACAUGUAAAUCUAUGUAUUAUAUAGUAUAUAGAACCUAG